GUCGGUUUAUACCAGAGUAAUAUUUUAACACCAAUAUUCAUAGAAGAUAUUAUGCUUUUACUGAGCCGAGGUCUAUGCUAUGUAAAUGUUCAAGUGUAUACUGUCCUUUCUAGACUUCACUUUUGAAAUUACACCGGAUUUGUUGUUAUGGUUGUAUGCACAAAUAAGUGAUUUGGUGCGCACCUUUUCUAAUUCCACGGCAUACAUACGUGCCACCUCGUACUAGUAACAUGUACCACAAUCCCUUGGAUUAAAAGGUUUGGACAGAUAGAAGAUGAGUGAUUACUGGAGAAUUACUGAUGUGAUACACAAGGGAAAAAACCAUACUCCAUUUAACUGUAGCAAUAACUUAACUCCUCUUCUUAUUGGGCACACUGCACAGUCCACAGAGCAGGUAUCAAGUAUGUAUGAAAGCUUUUUUCCCCCGCCAUUAAUGCAUUUUUUCUAUUCAAACCUUAUACAAGGUUGACGUGAGCUCACUCUUUUCUCACCUUUCGGCUUUUCCUUCUCCUCCUCCUACUUAUAUCCAGUCCCAGCUCUCAAUUCUUGCAUUCCAUUCUUCAUUUUCUUUGUACGAAAGAAUAAUGGCACACUUCUUCUCCUUCUUUAUUCUCAUCAUCUCUGUUUCUUUCCUUCCUCUUACUCUCUCUCGCUCACUCUCUUCACCUCCACUUGAGUCCCAAAUCCUCGACGUUGCAAAAUCCAUUCAAAAUACUCUUCAUGUUCUCUCUCCCAAGUUCCAAUCUUUCCAACAAGAAGCAAUAAAACAACCCCUUUUUAAUUCUUCUUCUUCUUCAGCAUUCUCUGUAUCAAUCUAUCCUCGUUCCUCUCUUACAAAAACCCAACAUAAAAACUACACAUAUCUCACUCUCUCCCGACUCGCUCGUGACUCUGUCCGAGUUUCCUCACUCACUACUAUGCUUCAACUUGAAGAAAUCCAGACCCCUGUUACUUCUGGAGUAAGUGAAGGCAGUGGCGAGUAUUUUGCUCGGGUCGGAUUCGGACAACCGGUGAAGGAAUUCUACAUGGCUAUUGACACUGGUAGUGACAUUACAUGGCUUCAAUGUGAGCCCUGCUCCGAAUGUUACCAGCAAACCGAUUCAAUUUUCAACCCGUCCGAUUCUUCCACCUACACUAGCCUCUCUUGCGACUCACCCGAGUGCUCCGCUCUUCAUGUCUCGGAAUGUUCUUCAACCGGCACGUGUCUCUAUCAAGUCUCCUAUGGCGACGGGUCUUUCACCGUUGGAGAGUUCGCCACUGAAACGGUGUCGUUAGGAAACUCUGGAGGAUCGUCAUUCUCUAAUGUUGCUAUAGGCUGUGGCCAUGAUAACGAAGGCCUAUUUAUUGGCUCAGCUGGGCUGGUAGCUCUCGGCGGCGGCUCAUUAUCUCUUCCGUCUCAAAUUAAAGCGACGUCGUUUUCCUACUGCCUUGUAGAUCGUGAUUCUGAUUCAUCAUCGACAUUGGAGUUCAAUUCCGCUGGACCUAGCGACUCGAUAAUUGCACCGUUGCUACAAAACUCGAAGAGGAGUACUUUUUUCUACGUCGGUCUCGAAGGAAUCAGCGUCGCCGGCGAGAUGUUAUCGGUUCCGGCGAACAUAUUUCAGGUGGACGAUAACGGUAACGGAGGGAUUAUUGUGGACUCCGGUACAGCGGUUACGCGGUUUGAGAGGAGCGUUUACAAUGCUUUACGUGACACAUUUGUGAAAUAUGCUCAGGAUUUGCCGGCCGACGGGGAUUUUAUGUUGUUUGAUACUUGCUAUGAUUUGUCGGGUAUGAAAACGGCGAGUGUUCCGACGGUGGCGUUUCAUUUUUCCGGUGGUAAGACGCUGUCGUUGCACCCCAAGAACACGCUGGUUCCGGUGAACUCGUCGGGGAAGUUCUGCUUAGCUUUUGCUCCGGAGGAUGGAAAAUUCUCGAUUAUUGGAAACAUACAGCAGCAAGGGACACGUGUCAGUUAUGACCUGGCUAACAACCUUGUUGGAUUUAGUCCUGAUAAAUGUUAGCGGAGUAGUACUUCGAAGUACAACUGUGGAGAUAAAAUUUAUAGCGGCAGUAGCUGCAUUAAAUUAAGAAAGAAAAAUGAAAAAAGAGAAAAAGAAAGGAGCCAAUAAAAAGUUGGUUUGCAAUAAUUAAUUUGUUUAUGGACGAUGGUUGCUUUUCCUUUCUUUUA